GCCUUUAUAAUCUAGAUAGGAACGCCCUCCAAACCCAUUAAACCAAUCCUUCACUAAAUAUUCUUCUAUAGAGAACUUAUUCUUUCCUAUUCCACUUACUCAUUAGCCUCCCAAAUCUCUCAACCUCUCCAAAAAAAAAUAAAAAAGAAAGGAAAUUAUGGCUUCCAUUUCUCCUAGUAAUAAUAUGCAACAAGAAGAAAGUAAGAAGUUUGUGCCAAGUAACGAGUUUGUUCUGCAAAAACAUGUUGCAUUCUUCGACCGGAAUGGCGACGGCGUCAUUUAUCCUUGGGAAACUUUCAGAGGAUUUCGUGCAAUUGGGAGUGGCAUAGCUUUGUCUACUUUUGGAGCAAUAUUCAUCAAUUUGGGUCUUAGUGGCAAAACUCGCCCAGGAAAAACAUUUCCUCAUUUACUCUUUCCAAUCGAGAUAAAAAAUAUACAACGUGCUAAACAUGGGAGUGACAGUGGUGUAUACGACGACGAAGGAAGGUUCGUUCCUUCAAAGUUUGAAGAGCUAUUUGCAAAGCACGCACAUACAUAUCCGGACGCAAUGAAUGGAAAAGAAGUAAGAGAACUAUUAAGGGCCAAUAGAACUGGCACUUUCUUGAAUGGAUGGGUGGGUGCAAUGGCUGAAUGGCUUGUACUAUAUCAUGUUGCUAAGGACAAGAGGGGAUUGCUCACAAAGGACACAGUUAGAGCUGUUUAUGAUGGAAGCUUGUUCGAACGGUUGGAGAAAGAGCAUUCUUCUUCCAAAAAGAAAGAUUCUUCUGCCUAACGAAAGGGAUGCAUGUUGGUUGGGUGUGAUGUAAUCUGCUAGCUAAUUAAGCUACUGCAUUUAUUUAUUUAUUUAUUAAUUAUGGUGUUGAUUUGAUUUUAAUUAUAAUGUAAUUUGUAAUUGGUUUUAAUAUAUGGGUGUCGACUGUUGGUGUUCGAUUCAA